AUGUCGGCCACCUUGAAACAACUUCGUCAUCCUGACUUGUACGUCCCAGAUAUCCUCGAGGAUAUACUACUAUCGCUUCCUGUAAAGUCCUUGAAACGAUUUCAAGGAGUUUCAAAGACGUGGACCGCUUUCAUUUCGCAUCCGUAUUUCAUACAAAAGCACCUGACUCACUUGAUGAAGAGCAACAACAACAGUCUGAACCUCCUUCUCGAAACCAGGCCUCUCCGGUCCAUUUGUACAUCGUUGAAGGAUUUGAAGGAAGAUGACGCUGCUCCUAUUGCCACCAGAGAGCUUGCUUAUCCGGUAAUGACCCCAACUUCAAGUGUGGUUAUCUUUGGUUCUGUCAAUGGCUUAAUUUGUCUUGAAUUUGACAAAACUGACAUAGUCCUAUGGAACCCUUCUACCGGAGAGUCAAAGUUGUUACCGCAAAAUACCAUUGUUCAUCAUGUCCAUGAUCAUGCUUCAGUUUUCUAUGGGUUCGGUUAUGACUCCAAGUCCGAAGAUUACAAGGUGAUGCGAGGCUAUUUCGAGAUUGAGUUUUCUAGUGAUGGGUUGUCACAGUAUCCGAAAGCCAUCGUUGAGGUCUUUUCACUGAAAAGUGGAUCGUGGAGGACGCAAGCCGACUACUCGGAUUCGGCUAUUGAAGGUCAGGGAUGCUUGGUGAAUGAAACUCUGAAUUGGGUAGAUUAUAAUGUUCAUGCACCACUGGUGAGGUCUUUUGAUUUAGGGGAAGAGAAAUUUUCGGAGAAUAUCCAAUGUCUAUGUUCUAUUAUGAGAGCAAAUAGUACUUUUGUUGGGGGAAUUUUGAACAUUAAGAAUCGUCUAGCUGUGUACUCUUUAACUAUCGACACUUUCAAUGAAUACAAAAUAUGGGUGAAGAGGAAUGGCGGGGGACAUGAUUCUUGGACUGAAGUCGCGAAUGUGAUUUCAGACCAAUUUUUGACACCAGUUUGGAUUUCAGAGAGUGGUGAUGAAGUUCUUGCAAUUGUUGGUAACAUUGUAGCGUGGUACAGUCCAAAGGAGAAGAGAUUUACAAAAGCCACCGAGACACUUGAUUAUAGUUUUGGAGCGACUACAUAUAUAGAGACUUUAGUUUCACCCCUAACCGGCAGUGUCGCAGUCUCGGCAGGUGAAAGCAGUGGAAUGGCAGCAAGCACACCGGCGAAGGAAGGUGGAAAAGAGGAGGUUGCUGUGACCAUAGAAACUACCAACUAG